GAAUGCGUGACAAUCCCAUGUACGUAUCUGCAGGGCCACGCGAUCAAUCAGCAGGUGGAAGUGGGCAAAGUGGUGCUGAGGUUGAAUAUUCAACUGUUAACAAGCAAAAGACUCCUGUUAUAGUCAAUCAAAAUGAUGUUUAUGCAGAAGUGGACAAAUCAAAGAAAUUGAAGGCCAACAAUGGGAAGAAAGACAAAAAAGAAAAGAAAGGCUUAGUGAAAAAUAAAAAAGGGAAGAAAACAGCUCAAGAAGGUGAUUUAUAUGAGAAUGCUACAGAGCUCAUGGAUGCAAAAAAAGGCAGAAAUGAUGAAAUCAUUUAUGAAAAUCCAGAACCAGCGAAACAAACGGCAAAGAAGAAUGUGAACAAAGAUGGGCUUAUUUAUGCUGACCUUACAUUCAAUGAUCAACCUAAAGGCCAGAAGAAGCUUGUUAUCCAUGGACUGGACGACAUGACAGAGUAUGUGCAGGUGGACUUCACAAAGAAAGCUGAACCAUUACCAGAUAGUGAUGACGAGAAUAACACACCAAAAUAAUUAACUACAACUAACUAUACAUACAUUCCAAUGACUUCCAUAUGAUAGUAUUUUUGUUACAUAUAUACAUGUUUAUCAGAUUUUUUUUUAAUAUAUAAAGUAUUUUUGAUAAUUUUAUAUUUUUUCUAUAUUUAUAUUAUACAAAUGCCUAACAUGUUGUUGUUCUUGUUGUUUUGUGAAUAUGCAAUUAUCCUCAAAUUAUGUAAAUUUAUUUGUUCAAAGUAAAUCUGUUACGUAAUAUUUUUUCUUUUUAUGCAAAUGAAAGCAAUAUGACCAUCUAUUUUAAAUAUUUUCCAUUUGAAGUCUAGACAUUGGUAGAUUAUAUAUAUAUUAUAUAUAAAAUGUUGACUAAGAACUUUCAGAAUACUUAAAAGUUGUUUUUUUAAGGCUUCCUAUGGAUAUACAAUUGCUUGUUUAUUUCAAUAUGAACAAAUUAAUUUUCAGACUAAAUGCUGUUAUCCAGUAAAUAUUUCUUAUUUGUAAGUGAGGAGGUAUGUGAGAGUCCAAAGGACAUUGCUAGCUUUUGUUAUUUUAAUCAGAUUUUAUACAAAUUUCAUUCAUCAUAAAAAUCUUUUGCUAGACCAUUGUUUUUAUAGCUUAAUUAUCAUCAAAUAUCAUUUAAAAACUUAUUGACAAUUUA